AUGGGUUUCAGGCUCCAAGCUGCCGAUCCAGGGGCGAUUGUAUCAAUUGUCAUUUUAGCCAUCAUCAUCGCUAUCCGUAUAAGCGGAUUUGCGAUUUUACAGUACGGUCGGUGGAAGUACUGGUAUAUAGACGGACGUUUCAACGGGUCAAAGGCAGUUUCGGUUAUCUUGACCAUCCACGACUCGAAUGAUCCGAAUCUGGUUGAUUAUGUUCGCAGUAUUCUGAAAAACAAGCCCGAGUGUCUCCUGAUUACAACUAACAACAGAAAGGCUCAGCACCGGGUAGACGGCAAGUUGAAAGGGUUGAGAUUCGCGUUCUCUGAUACGAAGAUUCGUGUUGGUACUGUCAACGAGCCGAAUAGACGUCGCGAGAUUGCCCAUGCUUUGGACUCGGUUGACACUCCGUUUGUGGUUCUCACUGAUCAGGGAGUUCAUUGGGGUGAGGGGUUCCUCAAGUCGGUAAUAAUCCCCUUUGCAAAUCAUCGUGUUGGCUGCGUUACUGUUCCGAUGAUGGCAAGGAAGCGAGAUGGGAUCUGGGGGUCAUUCUGGACAUGCCUCUUCUCCUGUUACUACUGUCUUGUAACGGAGAGGAACAGGGCACUUAAUGCUUUCGAUUCCUCAGUGGUUUUCACAGGCUCGCCUAUCAUGUUCCGCACCAAGUUGGUUGCCCAGCCGAGAUUCAAACAGCAGUUCGAGGUCGAUCCGUGCUUGAACCGACGACAUGGUGUCCAUAAAGCAGAUGAGUAUCUAUUCUUCAACCGGUACUUUCUUCAAGAAGAGGGUCCACAUGAGGAACCUUGUCUUGUUGUGUUUCAAGACAUGCCAGAAGUCAUGGUUUCAGUAGAUCGACCGUCUAUUGCCGGUUUCCUCAGCGAGUAUCUUCAAAUGACUAGGAAUCUCUGGCGUCUUAGUCGUGUGAUGAUACGUCGCAAGGAGCGCAGCGAUGACUACGGCUUUGGAGGGACACUUAUCAUGGCUGUUUUGGUAGGUUGCCCAGCCUACUAUUUCCUUGGGAUCCUCAAGCUUGUGGAAUUGGCCACCGCAUGGAAGGCUGAUGUUGAACUGAUAAGUGAAGAAGAAGUCAAAGUGCGAAAGGGCGACCUCGAAGCUGUACGGUAUCACGAGGCUCGAGCGGACAUUGAAGAACCGCCGUGGAUUUCGGAGUGCAUGGAGUUGGAGAGACCCCAGGGCGAGCUUCGACCACUGCCGGAUUUCCCACUCUAUGUUAUUGCGGAAUAG